AUAAGAGCAAUCGUAUUUAUAGAGGGUCUUUUAAUGCAUCCCCUCAAUCACUGGCCAUCUCACCCUGCAGCCCUUCAGAAGCCCAUUCAACCACCGAAGAUGUCUACUGAAAGAUUCGACUGCCAUUACUGCAAGGACACUUUACUUGGAAAGAAAUACAUCCUAAAAGAGGACACACAAUAUUGCACAAAAUGCUAUGAGAAUCUGUUUGCAAACUGCUGUGAGGUGUGUUCGCUGCCCAUUGGAUGCAACUGUAAGGACCUCUCCUACAAGGACCGGCACUGGCAUGAAAAUUGCUUCAAGUGCGCUAAAUGCAGCCGAUCAUUGGUGGACAAACCGUUUGCAGCCAAAGAUGAGCUGAUGCUUUGCACCGAGUGUUACUCUCAUGAGUAUUCCUCAAAGUGUAGCACCUGCAAGAAGACCGUCAUGCCAGGAUCACGGAAAAUGGAGUACAAAGGGAACAGCUGGCAUGAGACGUGCUUUCUGUGUCAACGCUGUCAGCAGCCAAUAGGAACCAAGUCUUUCAUCCCUAAAGAUAACAAUUACUUCUGUGUUCCUUGUUUCGAGAAGCAGUUCGCCUACCAGUGCUGUGCUUGUAAAAAGGCCAUAACAACUGGCGGUGUCACGUAUCACGAUAAGCCCUGGCACCGCGAGUGUUUUACUUGCAUUGGAUGCAAGAGACAACUAGCAGGCCAGCGCUUUACCUCCAGAGAAAACUACCCAUACUGCCUGGACUGCUUCAGCAAUCUCUACGCCAAGAAAUGCGUGGGCUGCACCAAGGCGAUUACUAGCUUGGCAGGUGCUAAAUACAUCUCGUUUGAGGAGCGCCAGUGGCACAGCGAGUGUUUCACGUGUAUGCAGUGCUCAGUGUCUCUGGUGGGCCGUGGCUUCCUCACGCAGCGGGAUGACAUACUGUGCACCGACUGUGGCAGAGAGAAGUGAGCUGUCGACCUCAAGGGCCACUACCAAUAUUGCAAGAAAUAUACUGUAGGCGAAAUAUACUGUAGAUUUAGAUUUGGGAUUGUUAUGUUUAAAUUUCAGGCUGUUCCAACACAAAUCGAUUAAGUUAACUUAAUUGUUUUGACAAAUUUAAGUGGAUUCAACAUAAAACAAUUAGAUUGUCUCAAAAAAAAGAAGUAAGAAUUGUGUCGUUUCAAUUUAUUUUUAGGCUAGGAUGCUUAAUGUUUUGUUAAAAAGAUUUAAUGCAAUGGCAAUUGGGGGGUUAUUGUCUUUAAGCAUGGAAUAAACACUGAAAAUUGUUAAAGUCCUUCAUAAGUGUGUUUUAGUCAAUAAACUUGUGUCUGCUUCCU